CGCCAGUUUGUUUGAAGAAUUGUUUUCACAUGGCAGAUAAUUAGAAUUAGAUCAUCUUUGAAACCACAUUUUGCAAUUUUGACAUAAACCAGGUACAAAAUGUCAUAACAUUUCAUUUUUUUUAAUGAUUUUAAAUUAUCAGUCAUGUUAUUGUAAUUUUUAAUUUGUUAACUAAUGUUUUUGUUUUACUGCGAAUAAGCAUUGCUCACUGAAUUAAAUUAGUUAAAGCAGCUGAUUUUAAAAUGUAGAACAUACGCGCCGGUAACAAAACAUAUCGAAAAAUGGCGAGAAAAAAUAAAAAUCGUUGCAAGGAAAAAUCACUCGAUCUGUCGAAGGUUUUAGUCGAUAAUUAUUAGUGUAUCGUUGUGUGUUAAGCUAGAGAUUAAAAAAAUGGAUUUUUGGGACUUGUCUGCGCCGACGGAUAUUGCAUCCAAGAAUGUCAAGUCUAAGUGGGACGACGAGGACGUUGAAGAGUGCACCCUCGAAAGUUGGGAUCAAGAGGAAGAAGUGGAAGAAGAGGUGAAGCAGCCGAGGAGGAACGGUUGCAGGAGCUCGGAAGAAAAAGGGAAAAAGGUUCAGAAGAAGGAAGUCCCCAAGGAGAAGAGCGCCGAGGAGGUCGCCCUGGACAAGCUACAAGCUCAGAAGCUCCAAGAAGAAGCCGACCUUCGAUUGGCGAGAGAGAUCUUCGGCGUGGCCGACAUGAAGGCCCUCGAAACAAAAGAGGAAUACGAAAAGUUGAACACUAACCUCCUCCAGCUGGUGAACGACGCCCAGAAAAACGCAAACUACUUUCCUUUCGUCGAAGAGCUCGUCAACAACCUAUGCGUCCACCUCUCGUCCACUGAGCUUAAAAAGAUUUGCGUCCGCCUCAGCAAUCUGCAAAUUCAGAAGAUAAACGCGGAAAGGGGUGAGAAGAAGAAGACCAAGUCGAAACUGAAAGCCAAGCUACGCGUUGAAGGUGAUUCGGCUUACAACGAGUAUUCUGCUUAUUCAGAAUUCUGUGAUGACUUCAUUUAAUACUAUAUCCUCUUUCUUAUAUUUAUUAAAAUAACUUGCAAUCA